AUGCCGCCUCGAAAAAACCUUCUGAACAGCCAACAGAAGACGAAAAUUCAGGCACAUUCACAAUUAUGGGCUGAGAGAUAUGCUCCUACAACUAUUGACGAACUUCCUUUUUACGAAGUUAAAAAGAAACCACGAGAAUUACGAGAUUUAUUCGCAAUUGUUUUCAAUCAGCAAAAUGCAUACAAAAGAAUAAUUGUGAUACAAGGCCCAUAUGGAAGCGGUAAAACUACAUUAGUUAAAACGAUUUGCAAAAUAGACAGCAUUAAGAUUUUAGAAUUUUCACCAGACAAUGAGAUCGUAAGCGAUUCACAGAUGUUUGAAUUCGACAGUUUCGAAGAUGAAAGGAAGCAUUACCGAUCAAAUUUCAUUCCAACUCUUUCCUCUUUCUUAUCACGCGCCCAAUUAUCGUGUGUGCAAAAUUUUGACAAGAGACAUAUUCUACUUCUAGAUAAUAUUCUUAUUCCUGAUGGCUGCGAAAAUAAUUUUUUUGAAUUACUACGAUUAUACAACAUUUCACCUGAAUUCCGAUAUCCAAUCAUCUGGAUUAUCGAUCCCACACAAAAUAAAUUCGUAGAUGAUAACAGAAUCUCAGGAAUUUUCAGGUUACAAAUCAAAGCUACACCUCCUACAGUUAUGAAGCGAGUUUUGAAGCGUGUUGGUCCUCAAGAAGGUAUACGUGUUACAAAUGAGCUCAUGGAAGCUCUUAUGGCCGAUAACAUCGGAGAUAUUCGGUUAUUAAUGAAUCAUUUUCAAUUUACAAGACAGUUUUCAUCAGGAUCAUAUGAUUCAUUGACAUUCUUUCAAGCCAUUGGUGAGAUUCUUUACCAAAAAAAGAAAAGAUCUCCAGAAAAUAUAAUAAAAGUCAGUAGAACUGAUCCGAAACGCCUAUUUAAUACAUUGUUCGAGAAUGCUGUUGACUUUUACACCGACAUCGGCGAUUACGCGGACACCGUUGACUAUUUUUCAAUAUCUGAUACGAUGAUAACGUUUGGAUGGAACGAAGAUGAUGAUUUCAUAGCUAAUUCAGUUGCAUUAUCCAUGAGAGCCAUUGUUGAGCUCAACCAACACCCUCCACCAGUGACUUUUCACGCAUUAAAGCAAGGAUUUAAAUCUUCUCUUAAAAUGAGAUAUACAGACCCCCAGGAACCGUUCUUAUGCUGGCCAAAGGAAUGGAUGGGAAAGAAAGUCGAUGACAUGGAACGAAUCGUUUACGGAGAUGGCGAAAUUCCAGUGAAAUACAUCCCAGAAACGAAUAAAUUAGUUGUCACACCAAAAGAGAAAGAGGAAGAGAGGUUGUUUAUGGAAGAAGAUCCGAUAGAAGAAGUAACUUUCUCUGAUGACGAUAAUUACCAAUAUCAGAAUGGAAAUUUCCUUUCUGACUAA